AUGAGACCGACACCUUAUAGCCUUCAAGCAAUGGAAAGACUUCUUGUCCGUAACAAGAGCAUCAGCUUCAUUGGGCUUGGGAGAAUGGGCUAUGAAAUGGCGUACAACCUCUUCUCGAAAACCUACGCGGAAGCAAACGAUUCCCACUUCGUCGUUUGCGACGCGGUUCAAGAAACUUCACAGAAGUUCUGCACCAACUUCUUGACCCAGUUUCCUCGCGCAAGGAUUGGGAUAGCAACGACCCCGGAAGAAGCGGUGCUUGCCUCUAAAACGAUUGUCACGAUGCUUCCCUCUUCACCUCAUGUUCAGACUGUAUACGCCAAGGAGUCAGGGAUUAUCCCUGCUAUCCAAAAGCUUCCGGAGGCCGCGGCCAGGGAAACCUUCUGCAUAGAUUCCACAACCCUCGAUGUUACUGUGGCGCGCGAGGUCGCGAAGGAUGUGGUACAGACAGGCGCAGCUAUCGUAGACGCCCCUGUCUCUGGAGGUGUUACCGGAGCCAAGGCUGCUACGCUUUCCUUCCUCGUUGGUGGCACCGAAGAAGCAUUCCAGUUAUCGCAUCCAGUGCUCUCACAUAUGGGAAAACGUAUCAUCCAUUGUGGUCCUUCUGGUUCGGGCCUUGGCGCCAAAAUAUGCAACAAUCUUAUCUUGGGGGUGCAGCAGAUCGUUGUUGCAGAGGGCAUGUUAUUGGGCCAGCGUCUAGGACUCGACCCGGCCAUACUUGCAGGUGUCAUUAACAGUUCGACAGGUGGCUGUUGGGCUUCGUCAGUGAAUAACCCAGUACCAGGCGCACUGGUUGACCAAUCUGCUCCGUGCGAACGUGAUUAUGAGGGAGGGUUCGCGACGGCGUUAAUGCUCAAGGAUAUGGGGUUGGCUACGGGCAUUGCUGGUAGCCAGGGGAGCCCUCUACCUUUGGGAGAAGCUGCCGAAAGGCUUUAUGAAAGGGUCAUAGAAGCAGAGCCUGAGCUUGCCCGGAAGGACUUCUCAUCAGUGUAUCGUUAUCUCGAAAAGCUGGCAACGGUGUCUUCCAGAACUUGA